AACGAAGCUGUGAAGCUCGGGAUUAUCUCAGGUUCCGUGAUCCACUUUUCGCUCGUUGCAGCAGUUGUGCCUCAACAAUCUAUGCCUUUAGCUCCAGAGCCUAGAAUACAGAACUAAAAAGCGAAAGGCUCCUUUUUCAUUUGCUGCAUUUUGCUUUUCACCUUUGAACGGAAAAAUAUUAUGCCUGAUCCGCUGAUUCGAAUGAACAACACGGCGAUUGUCCUCAUGCAACGUGGCGCCAAUCUCGAGGCUGUCGAUCUACUUUUAUGUGCACUUGACCACAUGAAGACUUUCCUGGGCCCUACAGAGAACCCACUCGCAUCGACAAUUUGCGCAGGCGAUGACCUUUUCUCUGGCGGAACCGUCGUCGCCGUGAUGCUCGGCAAUGAUAGCACCGACCCCACUUCGGCAGGAAAAUAUCAGCCUCGCAAUUUGCUUGAGAUUGCGAGAUCGGAAGCAACACAUGAUAUCGCUGACUUUUUCUUUGAAUAUGUAUUUUUAUUUCAUCCUGCUUUCACGGCUCAAAACCGUUCCCCAAAGACACAGGGCAUCACAGCGGCUUUUCUUCUCUAUAAUACGGGUGUGGCAUACCAAAGAAACGGUGUUUGCACUGAAACAUCGAAAUUUUUUGAAAAUGCACUUAUACUCUAUUCAAGGGCGUCUACACUGAUCGAAGAAUUCGACGGAACCUUUGCCAGCAGCCUUUCUCAGGCCCUGUACGUGCUUGCUCUAGCCUUGCAUAUUAAUAUCGCAAGCAUCCAUUUCAGAUUUUUCAAUCAAGUGGAAUUGGACAAGGCUCUUGCUCAGUUCCAUUCGAAAUUUUGCCUCAUUAGUCGGAAUGACAUGCAGGACGAAACGUACAAAUUUUUUGCGACGAGUUCUUGGUUCUAUUCGGUCUUCACUUUGCGACGACCUGCUGCGGCAGCUUGAAACUAAAAGCAAUGUAAAUACUCCCAAACAUUCCUUAGGGUCCAACGGUUUUUCUGAUCACACUAAACUAGGCGGGUUGUUCUGAAACGCGGAAUAGCGGUGUGCGGGCGACAGUGUUGCAAAUUUUUUUCGGACAGAAUGGAACUUUGAAUAGUGGAAACCAUCACGUCCCCGAGCACCCUAUUGGUUAUAGGCCAUUGAAAAGAAAGUGGGGGCUGCAGACUGCGAAUACUAGAAUAGUUGUCAAAGAAUCCGUCUCAGUCCAUUCGCAACACGCCCUCUCAAAACGUCUUCCGAAAGAGGCAAGUCUGUUGUGGUGCGUUUGAGUUUACCCAGUCUUCUUGCACUUACCGUUAAAUACAAUAGCGGCAAAGCAUAAAAAAAUCUACGAGUCGUAGGUAGGUUAUCCUACGACCUUUCGUCUACUCACUGCUAAAGAAAAUACGGCGCGCGCAAGCGUUUGCAUAUGUGGCAAAUAUGUUGCGAACGUUUUGCAAAAUAGGUCAAUGGAAGGAUUUCGAAUGACAUGAGUGCAACCGUUUUCCAGUUCAUUUUCUUUUCGCUCGAAAUGGACGAAUCUCUAGACGUUAUGAAACGAAAGCGGCUGGUGUCACAUUUUGAUCUCCAUGGGAACGGUAAUUUUGGAAAAAGAAAAGUGAAAAACGUUGGGUCCCACGACGCCAGUCGCGAAGGCCUUCUACUCACAAGAUUCGAUCUAGAUACAAUCUAUGUGCAUCGUAAGGACGGCACUUGCAUCAACUCAAUUCGUUUGAAGCGCAACUGUGUAUCAGCUUAUCGCAAUAUCUCGCUAGUACGCUUUGCCAAACAGCAAAGCAAAAAUUUCGGGAUGGAAACGGACCAGGUGCGAUCGAUAUUUGCUGUUGGUGAGAACCAUCCGCUCAAUCCUCAAUCUCCUGUUGAUUUUGCUUCGUAUGAAGGGAUUGAAGCUUUUUUGCCGUCCUCCCCCAGUUCUGUAUUGGAAGUGCAACUAGUCAAAAGCGUUGGCGAGAAGGUUAUCAUCGAACCUAAUGCAGCCUCGCUGUUGCAAAAACGGACAUGUUGUGAGUCGUCGGUAUUUCGUCCAAUUUCCUGCGACGAAGGUUCUAUAAAGGAAGACAUUGCUCGUGCCUCGAAGGAUCCUGACGAUCAACGCUUGAUGUCCUAUUCCGACGAUGACAGUGCAGGCGGAGAAAACGAGAACGAUCUUCUUGGCCUCCAAUUCCUGACGGACGAAAAAAAAAAGAGCCAAGCCUAG